AUGACGACUGGAUCUGAGAGUCCCAAACGUGAGCCUACUCCGACCACCUCACUCUCUUCAGUUCCCCAGAAGCGGCUUCUCGAUGAAGGCCACAGUCCUGCUGUGCCCUCGCCUCUCAACCCCGAUGUGAACCCCACCGAAUCUCAUUUGACCGACGACGCGCCGCCGUCGAGUCGCGCCAAGUCGGUCAGAGCGAAGAAAGACACCCUCAAGAAGCGAGAGGCCAAGGGCGGUGAUGGAGACCGUGCGACGCCGGAUCCAAAACGUCCCAAGGAACAGAAGCUCGAAGGAGGCCCCCUCCGGUACAAACUUGCGCCACCCAAGACAUCCGAUUUUGAAGCCCCUCGCCCCCGCGUGUUGGCCUAUCAUCAUGAAGUCAAGACUUCCAAUGGCGAGACUAUACAGUUCUUUGAGACCGCAGACCAUGUCUUCAACAAAAAGAAUUUCCGUUACACCCAUUGCAUUGCAGAUCCUCUAUUCCCGUCAACGGUAUACUAUCGCCAGACUGAAGUCGAACCCUUUGGGCCUCGUAUGAGUUAUGAAGACGCUGCUGGCCACGUCUUUUUCGAUAAAUCGGCGCGACACGUCACCACAGACAAAGGCUUCCGCAUGGUACGAGGGAAUGUUGCGGUUCGAGAAGGCAGGUCGUACUGGGAGUGCAAGAUCACGCAAGGAAUCCGCAAGGCGAAUGAUGAUGGCUCAAAGCCGGAGGGCGGGCGACAUGUUCGAAUGGGCUGGGCCCGACGAGAAGCGUCUCUCGAUGCCCCCGUGGGGUUUGAUGCUUAUAGCUACGGCAUCCGUGAUGUCGCUGGGGAGAAGGUGUUCAUGUCGCGGCCCAAGCCAUUCUUCCCUCCCGGCGAAACCAUUCAGGAAGGCGACGUUAUCGGCCUUGAGAUACGUUUACCAUCUGAGAGACUCCAUCGGAAGGUCAUGGCUGGUACAUAUAAUCCUGCGAUCGAUCUUAUCGAAGAGGCCCAGGAUAUGCCUAUAACCGCUGAAGCAGCGAAUAUCGUCCGAGACCGAGUUCCAAUUCGAUUCAAGGCACACACAUACUUUGAAAAGAUCGAGUACCACUCGACCAAGGAGCUCGAAGACCUCAUGAACCCCUCCCCAGUCGGGUCUGGUUCGUCAACAUCUGAGCCGCCAAACCCUCUCCAUAGGACGCCAGCUCUACGCACACUACCAAACUCCUCGAUCAAGAUUUACAAGAAUGGUGUAUUGAUGGGUACUCCAUUUGAGGAUCUCCUCGGCUUCCUACCACCAGCGUCAAAGCCGUUGAUGCCCCAGGUCGGCGCAAGAGAAGGAUUUGAUGACGGCAUGCUGGGAUACUACCCAGCUAUAAGCAUCUUCAGAGGUGGUGCGGCCGAGGUUAACUUCGGACCUGAUUUCUGGUACCCUCCGCCAGACUAUCCACCCCCUGCCACAGAGAAUGCGGACGCCGCCACCCCUACUCCGACACGAGUUGAAACGAUGCAUGCAGUUUCCGAGCGGUACCGGGACCAGAUUGCGGAAGACGUCGUGUUCGAUAUCAUCGAUGAGGUGGAUGUGUGGAUGCAGGACAUUCUGGAUUCUCCAGACAGUUCAUCGGAUGACGAGAGGAACUACAAAACUAAGCGGGGCCGAGGGACCGAGAUUAAGGAAUUGGUUCAAGAAGAUUAA